AUGGCAGGGAAACAGACACGGGUCCCGAGAAAAGAGUUUUUUAGGAGAGCAGACCUGCUUCUUCAUAGGCUGCGUUACGAUCGAGUGAAGCUUCUGAAUGAAAUACCCUGGCAGCCCUACAAUCCGGACUACCAGCCGCGGAGGGAUUGGCUCACCGUUGCUGCUCUGCUCCCAUGUGCGCUCCUGGGCCGCUACGUUCUCGAGAGGCUAAUUCUGAAACCUUUUUUUGCAAAGUUCAGUGAAAGGGGUCGCAAAUCUCCUCGUUUAGCGUCAAAGAUGGCCGAGAACUGCUUUUACGCUCUUUUCUAUAUCUGCAGCCUGUGCGCGGGGUUGUAUGUAUAUCGCUCGGAAAACUGGAGAGUAUCCUUCUUUGAUGGAGCCUGCAUAAGCGCAUUCUGGGAGCUGUAUCCACCAAUAUCAACAGUUUUUCGACUCUACUACCUUUCAGAGCUCUGCUACUACAUCUCCAGUGUCAUUUUUCUUCUGACGCACGAUACGAAGAGGAAAGAUUUUACUGAAAUGGUUGUACACCACUUGGCAACAAUAUCGCUUAUCACAUUGUCCUAUAUGUGGGGCUGGAUGCGUCUAGGUUUGGUCAUUCUCAUGCUGCAUGAUGCGGGCGAUAUUCUACUGUACACUGCGAAAGUAGUGCAUUAUCUUGGCUUGUGGCCCUCGAAUAUAGUGCUUUUCGUGUGCUUUGCCAUUGUAUUCUAUAUUACAAGGCUAUUCCUCUUCCCGCGAAUCAUUCUGUCGGUAUCUACGGAGCCGUGGAUUGAGGUUACCAGAGAGCCGCUCGCCAACAGAAUUUGGGUUGCCUACUGGGGGUUCUAUAUCGUGCAAUUGAUUGGUUUCGCCCUUUUCCUGAAUAUACUUUUGUAUCUUCACUGUUUUUGGUUCACACUCAUUCUGAAGAUGAUGUACCGUGAAGUACUGCACCCCGGAAACGCCAAGUACUCGAAAGGCGAUAUUCGCUCCGAUGAUGAAGCCGAGUAG